AUGGAGGCAAACACGAUGCUGGUGACUGAGUUUGUUCUCACAGGACUGACAGAGCAUCCAGGGCUGCAGGCCCCUCUGUUCCUGGUGUUCCUGCUCACCUACCUCACCACCAUGGUGGACAACCUCGGACUGGCUGCUCUCAUCUGGAAGGAUCCACGUCUUCACAGCCCCAUGUACUUAUUCCUCAGCAGCUUGGCCUUUGCAGAUGCUUGUUCUUCAUCCUCCGUGACCCCCAGGAUGCUUGUCAACAUCUUAGACAACAGGCAAAUGAUAUCCCUCUUUGAGUGCAUGGCCCAAUACUAUUUCUUUGGUUCCAGUGCCACCACAGAAUGUUUCCUCCUGGUGGUGAUGGCCUAUGACCGCUAUGUAGCCAUAUGCAACCCCUUGCUUUAUCCGGUGGUGAUGUCCAGCAGACUCUGCGCUUUGCUGAUAAGUAUGUCUUAUGUCAUUGGUUUUCUGCACCCCAUAGUUCAUGUAGGACUAUUAUUUAGAUUAACCUUCUGCAGGUCCAAUGUAAUACAUUAUUUCUACUGUGAAAUCUUGCCACUAUAUUCAAUGUCUUGCACUGACCCAUCUAUUAAUGCAUUGGUGGUUUUUAUUUUUGCUGCUGUUAUACAAGCUUUUACUUUUAUGACUAUCAUAGAGUCUUAUAUGUGUGUCCUCUUUGCCAUCCUGAAAAAGAAGUCUGCAAAGGGCAGGAGCAAAGCCUUCUCCACGUGCAGCGCCCACCUGCUCUCCGUGUCCUUGUUCUACGGUACCAUAUUCCUCAUGUAUGUGCGUCCUGGGUCUGAUCCACAUCAGUAUCAGGAUAAAAUGUAUUCCCUGCUCUCCACGAUUAUAAUUCCCCUGCUAAACCCCUUUAUUUACAGCCUAAGAAACAAGGAAGUCUUAGGUGCCCUGAGAAAAGUGUUAAUUAUUUUCCCCCUUGUGAAAGACUAA